AGUGUUACGUGAAAUAAAACUGGGCAGGCAGUGAGAUUGCUGGUCUCCGAGCAGCUCCAAGGGAGUGUAAAUCAAUCUUCCUUAUUUUAAAGCGGUUUAAAACAAAGAUGGGAGGAGGCUAGGGACAAGUGGACAGAGCGUUAAAAUCAGAGGCAGGCCAUUCAAGGGAGAAGUUGGGAAACACCUCUUCACACAGAGGGUGCAGAGGAGUGGAGCCCUCCUCCACAAAAUGCAGCUGCUAGCUCAACUAAUUUAAAAUCCACGAUGGAUAGACUUUUGUUACCCUAGAGUAUAAAAGGAGACGGAGCCAAGGAAACAGUUGGGCAUGUCAGAAAAUAACUUCUCUUUGAACCAAACGAUGGACUUUCAGUUAACCACAACCCCAAGUGCGGACACAACGGAUGAAGAGAGGUGGCUGAAGGAGGACCUAAACUAUUUCUUCAUGAGCCCGUGUGAGAAGUACAGAGCCAGGCACCAAUUUCCUUGGAAGCUCUGCUUGCAAGUUUUGAAAAUUGUCAUGGUAACGACACAGCUGAUUCUCUUUGGUCUGAGCAAUCAACUCGUUGUAUCAUUCAAAGAGGAAAAUUCCAUUGCUUUUAAACACCUCUUCCUGAAAAGAUACCAAGACGCCGAUAAGAAUGAUGACAGCUUUGUUGUAUAUACUCAGCAGGAAGUUUAUGAUAGCAUGUCUUAUGCUGUUAACCAGUACUUGCACUUACAGAGUGUGACAGUCGGGAAUUAUGGUUAUGAUUCAAAUGAAUAUAACAAGACAUCUUUGCAAAUCUGUAAGCAGCUGUAUAUGAAAACCAUGCCUGUAAUCUCGAGCGACAUCAUGGCAGUCAAUCCAACAGUUGAAACAGAUUGCAUAAAUAUAGAACCAAGUGACAGCCCAAAAGAAUGGAAAGUGAACAAUUCAUCAUUUUUUGACCUGGAAUUUUACAGGUUAAUACUCCUGGAAAUCUCCUUUAAACUAAAGGGGAUUGAUCUACAAACCAUUCACAACAAUGAGUUGCCGGACUGCUAUGAGUUUAGGAUUACUAUCACCUUUGACAAUGCAGCUCACAGUGGAAUCAUCAAGAUAAGUUUGGAGAGCGAGACAACAAGCAGGGAAUGUAAAGAUUGGGUGAUUUCUGGCUCCCUUUCAAAGAACACAUACUACAUCCUGAUCUUUGAUGCCUGUGUCGUGCUGAUCUGUUUGAUGUCACUUGUCCUUUGCACCCGUUCUAUUAUCCUUGGCCUGAACCUACACAAGAGAUUUAUCACUUUCUUUCUGAAGAGAUACAGUAAGAGUGUGUGUUUGUCUGACCAUUUAGAGUUUUUGAAUGGCUGGUACAUCCUGAUCAUCAUCAGUGACCUGAUGACUAUCACUGGUUCUGUCUUGAAAAUGGAAAUAACAUCAAAGAACCUCACGACAUAUGAUGUUUGUAGUAUUUUCCUUGGCACCUCUACCCUUUUCUCCUGGGUUGGGGUAAUCAGGUACCUGGGAUAUUUUCAGAAAUACAAUGUGCUCAUUUUAACAAUGCGAGGAGCUUUUCCAAAAGUGCUACGCUUUUGUUGCUGUGCUGGCAUGAUAUACCUGGGCUAUAUGUUCUGUGGGUGGAUUGUGCUCGGACCGUAUCACUCAAAGUUUGAAAAGUUAAGCGCUGUUGCUGAAUGCCUUUUCUCUUUGAUCAAUGGUGAUGAUAUGUUUGCAACAUUUGCGGAAAUACAAGAGAAAAGUAACUUGCUCUGGCUCUUCAGCAGGAUUUACCUGUACUCCUUCAUCAGCCUCUUCAUCUACAUGGUCCUGAGUCUCUUUAUUGCCCUUAUUACUGACACUUAUGAAACGAUUAAGAAAUAUCAGCUGAAUGGAUUUCCACAGACAGAUUUAUACAGCUUCAUGAAAGUUUACAAGGCGGCACCAGAACUGAGCAGACAUGGCACUGCUGAUGAUGAUGACAGGCUACUAAUGUAAAUGCCUGUUCCCCUGACUCUGGUAGAUGUUUCUGCAUGUUGGAGCUAUUUGAAUAAUAAAUCCAUCACGUACAACCAAAAUUACCAUCCAUUUCAUAAAAGCGAUGACCUGUGCCAAGGCUCCUGUUGACUGACUCAGCAUCACUCAAGCAGGAAGGAGGAAAGUCAUUAACGAGCGUCUUUUUCGCUGGUUGGACAUCAGAGACUUUUACACUUCCACAUGGGAAACCAGAUGUCUGCCGCACAAUUACAUCAGAUGCCUGUCUAACUAUGAAGACCCACUGCCCCCAACCCCCCAACUCUGUGCAACUGUCUUUGUGAUUCGAGCAGUCCCAACACCCAGCAAUAACAAGCUAACCUUCCACCUAUUGUUUGCUGUACCUUGGUGUAAAAGAAAAUAUAGGUGCUUGAAGGCUCAGGUUUUCUCCACUGUCCUUUCAUUUGGACUGUUCUGGUCACGUCAGUGUGACAAAAAGUUCUGUUUCAAGCUCCUUCUGAAUGUGAGUCUGAUUUGGUAUUGCAGAUAAGAUCAUAUUCAUUUUGUUAAUAUUGACUUUAAGAAUCCCAUCCAUGUAAUGUAACUUCUUAAAAUGAAACUAUAAAACUUAAAAGAGCUAUAGAAACAGAAAUACGGGUCAGAACCCACUGGAAGGUAAUUUGUUUAAGUUUGUUGAAGUGCAAUUUUGUGUCGGUGGAGGGAUGACAAUGGACUCUUCAAAAAAGUGUAUGUUGUAUUUUAAUUUCUGAUGAGAUUAAACCUUACCUUAACUGUU